AUGGACCUGGUGGAGCAUGUGAGCCAUUUCAGUCAAAGAAUGACUGUCUAUUCUAAGGACGAAACCUUGAUGUGCAAAGUGUUUCCAUCCAGUUUGGGACCUGUGGCGAUCAGAUGGUUCGACGGCUUGAGGACAGAUUCUAUAGAUUCCUUUAAGGAGCUCACUCGGGCAUUUGGCUCUCGUUUUAUCACAUGUAUUGGGGUCCCUCAGCCCUUAGACUCCUUACUGUCUUUGUCCAUGCGAGAAGGGGAGACCCUGAAAACAUAUUUGGACAGGUACUGGGAGAUGUACAAUGAGAUAGAUGGUGACUUUGAUGACGUCGCCAUCAGUACUUUCAAAAGCGGCCUCCCAACCGAGCAUGGUUUAAGGAAGUCCCUAACAGGAAAACCUGUCACCAGUCUGCGCCAACUCAUGGAUCGAAUUGACAAGUAUAAAGGGGUUGAGGAAGACCAGUAA